UGAAAGCGCAGCAAGUUGUUUAGUUUGCUGUUGUGUAACCAAAGUAACGCCAAUAAAGCGUUGCAGACACAUUUCACGCGGUAAAUGAUCGGACGCGUGUUAGCAUUUAGAAGUUAUCUACAGUUAGAGCGAGAUUAGCUUCUCCAGCAAGCGAACAUUAGCUUGUGUUUUUUUAUUUAGGCUUCAGCGUUGGGGUAACGUUAGCAGCUAGGCGCUAACCUAACGUUAAUGUGGUUGAUGUUAGCUGAAUAAAACGCGUUACCAGCUCUUGAGUUUACAAGUAAUGGAUCGACCAUCAAGGAAGACAAAGGUUGUGAAUUAUAAUGAAAACAAGGACUUCGAUGAUGAUGAGGAUUUUGCCUGUGUGAAGGCACCACCCAGCAAAAAGGCCAGGGAGGAUGUGAAACAGCAGCACAAGAAAUCGUCGAGCAACUCCUCCAGUCAAGAGUCCAACUCGCAAUCCACAGCAAGCCAGAAGAGCAGAAGACCAUUGGACGAGAGGCUGCAUGAAAGAGAUCUAGAAGCAGCCAUUACGCUGUCCCUGCUCAACAAUGCAGAUGGGAUAAAGGGCCAGUCUGCCACAAGUAGAGGAGAUUUAAAGAGUGAAGUUCUGGUAGAUGAAAACACAGAUCCAGCUUCUUUGCACCGAUCCAACUGCAGUGUGGAUAGUGCAAUUCUGGGCUUGGAUGAAAUCACAUCGGAAAAAGAGUCACUUUUGAGACAGAAAAAGGCUGCUGCUAAAACCACUGUGGAGCCGCGUAAGAAGUUUACAGAUGAAGAUGAAGACUAUGAGCCCAAAUUGACACCAGGCUCAGAGAGCGAUGAAGAUUUCAGUGAACCCGCUGAGAGUGAAGAUGAGGAAUUCACAGUGAAGAAAGUCAGCAAAACAAAAAAGAAGGAUAAAGUAAUCAAGAAUGAGAAGACCAAAAAGCCUCCUGCCUCUAAAAAAGAAAAGCCAGCAUCGAAGCCAUCAAAGUCCAGAUCACAGGCAGCAGCAGCUUCCACACCGAUGAGAAGUCCUCCAACAGCCAAACUUCCACCCAAAAGACCUGCUUCAUCCUCCACAGUUUCCACAUCGAAACCUGCAUUCUCUCUGAGCCCAACAGGGGGCAGAAUACCAAAGUGGACCCCUCCAGGUCAACUUGGUAAAAGUUCCACUUCAGCCCAGCAGAGUCCAGCAGUGAAGUCUCCGGGUCAGGGUCUACGGCUGGGACUGUCCCGCCUUGUCCGAGUCAAACCUCUUCACCCCAGCGUUGCGAGUCACUGACGGAGUGAUCACCAGUCUGUUGUUCUUUUAGCUUUAAGCUUAUUUUAAAAAGUAAAUAUUCAUUUAGAUAUUCCUCGAUUUGUGCUGCAAGGAGAGGAUUAGCGAAUGAUCACAUUUCUGUUAAUGAUUCUCACAACGUCCCAGCUCUUUACAAUCUGGGUUGUAUUUUCACACCGUGCUCUCAACUUAACGACUCACUCCUCGAGUUAUUAUUUCACCAUAUGUGGUAAAAAAGGGUCAUGAAACGGUGGUCUACUUUGUUGACUCUGGUGACAAACAUAAUAGAUUGCUGCCAUUAUCACAUCAUUAUCAGUACAGCUAUGGUGUCUGAAGUUUCAGAUUUUUUUGAUUCCUCCCAUUGGAGUUUACGUCUCACAUUCAGUCUGAAACAAAUGUUUGAAUUGAAUUUUUUAACUAGUCUCAUAAUUUUCUCCCCUUUUUCCUAUCA